AUGGCUUCUGGAGGAUGCUACUGCGGCGCGGUCCGCUAUGAGGUGUCCGGUGAGAGUGGAGGCAGCAUCCUAUGCCACUGUCUCGACUGCCGCAAAAUCACCGGUUCGGCUUAUAGCACCAACGCCGUCUACCCAGAAGAUGGCUUCAAGGUCACCAAGGGCACGCCAAAGCAACACACAGUCAAGAGCGACAGUGGAAACGAGAUCACCUCCUACUUCUGCGGCGACUGUGGCUCGACCAUGUGGCGUCAGGGUCCUUCCUUUGCCGGAAAGCGCAUCGUCAAGGUGGGAACCCUCGACGACACCAAGAUCCUUGACAACCUCAAGAUGGACGCCGAGUUGUUUGUAGGCCACAGGCCGAAGUGGGUCGGCACGCAAGAAGGCGCAGCGCAGAAAACGGGCAUGUAA